UUCCUCAUAUCCCUCUGUGUCAAUCUAGUAUCUAUUGAGCACCAACUGUGUGCCUAGCACAGUUUUGGGAGCUGAAGACCCAACAGUAAACAAAACAGGUUUUCAUUUCCUUCCUGCCCUCGUGGGGCUGACACUCUGGGGGGAGAGAGAGACAGUGAUCACGUAACAAUCAUCAAGAUGAUUUUGUUGCUGAGAAGGAGAUGAAAGUUCUAGAGGUCAGGGAGAGAGAGGAACCCAGAAGGGAGGUGCUUUAGAAAAGGAAGGCAAGGAAGCGCCCUCGGAGGAGGUAAUUUUUGCUGCGAGACUUGAAAGAAGUGAGAGAGCAAGCCGUUGGGUUAUAUUUGGGAAGAGCAUUCCUGGCAGAGGGAACAGCCAGUGCAAAGGCCCUGAGGCAGAUGGUGACUGGCUGGUUCUGAGGAACAGCUAAGAGGCUGGUGUGGCAGAAAGCAGAGUCAGCAAGAAGGGCUGGUCUCUGCGGGGCCUCUUUGGCCAUCGAGGAGUGUGGCUUCUGUCGGAAGGAUUUUCAGUGGAAGAAGGCAAGAUGUGAUUGGGUUGCUGCGUGGAGGGAGAAAGCCCUCAAGAGGGAAGGGGAUUGGUACAGCGGUUCAGACCUGUGCGGCCACCCUCUCUCCCGCUGCAGACCAGGCGGGGCCAUGAAGGUACUGCUCCUCACCGGGCUGGGAGCCCUCUUCUUCGCCUAUUAUUGGGAUGACAACUUCAACCCAGCCAGCCUCCAGGGGGCCCGUGUGCUGCUGACUGGAGCCAGCGCAGGCGUCGGCGAGGAGCUGGCCUACCACUACGCACGCCUGGGCUCCCACCUCGUGCUCACUGCCCACACCGAGGCCCUCCUGCAGAAGGUGGUAGGGAACUGCCGGAAGCUGGGCGCUCCCAAGGUUUUCUACAUCGCUGCGGACAUGGCCUCCCCCGAGGUGCCCGGGCGCGUGGUGCAGUUUGCGCUGGACAAGCUGGGUGAACUUCCUGAGCUACGUGCAGCUGACUUCGCUGGCGCUGCCCAGCCUGACCGACAGCAGGGGCUCCCUGGUGGUGGUGUCCUCGCUGCUCGGCCGCGUGCCCACGUCCUUCUCCAGCCCCUAUUCGGCCGCCAAGUUCGCGCUGGACGGCUUCUUCGGCUCCCUGCGGCGGGAGCUGGACGUGCAGGACGUGAACGUGGCCAUCACCAUGUGCGUCCUGGGCCUCCGGGACCGCGCCGAGGCCGCGGAGGGAGUCAGGGGCGUCACGAGGGCCAGGGCGGCCCCGGGGCCCAAGGCGGCCCUGGCGGUGAUCCGCGGCGGCGCCACGCGCGCCUCGGGCGUCUUCUACCCCUGGCGUUUCCGCCUGCUCUGCCUGCUCCGGGGGUGGCUGCCGCGCCCCAGGGCCUGGUUCAUCCGCCAGGAGCUCAACGUCACCGCCGCCCCCGCUGCUGCCUGAGCUCCUGGGGGCUGCCCCUUCAUCCUCCCGGAGAGAGACCCUCUAUCCACCCAGCCCGGAGAUCGAGACACCUCCGAGAGGGUGGCCACGGCCCAAGACAGUCCUCCAGACAGAGAAGGAAAACCGAGAGAAACUUCCAGCGCCUGGAAACAGUCACAACUCUGGGUGUGUGAGCGCCCACCGUGUGCCAGGCGCCUGUCAGGGCCUUGGAAGGCAUUACCUCCAUCUUCUCGGCUGUCGAUGAGGUGGUUGCUGCUUCCACUUUACAGAUGAGGAAACUGAGGCUGGGGCGGGUGUGAUGUGACUUGCCCCAGGGCCCUGGCCACAUCAAACAGGUCACACCACUGCCGAGCCACCCUUGGAACCCUUUCCAUCUCCCACCUGGACCCACCGCAUCCCUGAUUUGUUCUUUGCACUCCCUCAAUCUCGGAGCAUCCCUCAACCCUGCCCCCUAGAGAGGAAGGAAGGUGUCCACCUGCUGGUGGGGUCUGAGGAGGGGAAGGAGGGAAAGAACGCCUUCUGGGCUGGACCCAGCCUCCCGUGUCAUAAUAAAAACCCUUCUUCCCUUGCGUAUCCGC